AUGAAAGCCCGUGAAAAAUGGGGUUUAUUGAUGUUAAAUAGUAAGGGUUAUAUGGGUGGUAGUCAAUCUCAACAUCGUCCACGUUUUUCUCAUUGUCAAGCUUCAUAUUAUGGAGCAACAUGGGAUCGACGAAGUUAUGUUCCAUCUCAUGUUGGUUAUGGACAUCAUCAUCAUACAAGACAAAGGCUUAGUUUUGGUUCAGCACCAACUCAUCGACGUAUACGUUCUUAA